GAAAAUUGUGGUGGACAGUUUACAAAUUACUUUCCAUUCGCAAUGAGGUGUUUUUCUACGACCACAACCAUAGCCCUUGUGGUGGCUGUGGUACUCUCCAGCUCCCUUACAACGGAGGCCCUUAGGGUGCACAAGGGAUUUGCCGAUUUGCCCAAAAGAGUUGAAGAUUUGGAACGCAGCCGGGUAAAAAUUGAAUCGCGUAUUGUUGGUGGUGAAAUUGCUGCCGAUGGUUCGGCUCCCUGGCAAGUGACCAUACAGAAUCAAUAUGGCAACCAUUACUGUGGUGGUGUCAUCAUCGGUGAUAAACAUGUUUUGACCGCUGCCAGUUGUGUGGCGGGCCAACAGAAACGCAACAUCAAGGUGAUCACCAGCACCAAUGACUGGAUGGGCGAAGCCUGGAUGUAUGAAGUCGAGGAGGUCUAUACUCAUUGCAAUUUCGAUAAGCCACUCUAUCACAACGACAUUGCCCUGCUAACCUUGGCCACCUAUGUGCUGUAUGAUGAGAAGACCCAAAACAUAACUCUGUCCCAAUUGGAUGAGCUGAAGGAAGGUGAUGUGGUUACCAUGACCGGCUGGGGUAAUACGGAGGUGGGUCAGAGUUAUUUCCCCUCGGAUUUGAAGAAAUUAUCGGGUGUCGUUAUUAGCAACGAGGAGUGCAAACGUAUCUAUGGCAAAUAUGCCGAUGAUGUUGAUGAGGGUCAUGUUUGUGUCCAGCCACCUCAGGGAUCGGGAGCCUGCCAUGGUGAUACUGGCGGCCCCUUGGUUGAUGCCAAGGGUCGUUUGGUCGGCAUCGGUAAUUGGGGUGUACCCUGCGGCUAUGGUUUCCCCGAUGUCUUUGCCAAGGUUUCGUUCUACAACGAUUGGAUUCGAACUUUCAUUCAGGGUUGCGCCAAUGCUCCAUGAGGUGGAAUUUCGUGAAUUUGGAAAUAAUUUUCAGUUGUUUUAAAUUAUUUGUUAUUUUGGGAGUUGGUAAUAAAUGGCGAAAUGUGUGUUUCUGUUUA